CAAAUGCACCGGAAACGUACGGAUAGCGUUGGGCGCCAUUGUGAGCAUCAAAACAAAAGGGUGUUUACAAUCAAAGGCCAUCUUUAAUUUAUUGUGGCACUUAUUAAUCAAAUCAUAAGUUGGAAGAAAGGUUAAUAUAUUGCAAUGUCCAUUGGUGUGCCGAUUAAAGUUCUGCACGAGGCAGAGGGACACAUUGUGACAUGCGAAACAACAACCGGUGAAGUUUAUCGAGGGAAACUUGUCGAAGCUGAGGAUAAUAUGAACUGUCAAAUGUCUGCAAUAACAGUGACAUACAGAGAUGGAAGGGUUGCACAGCUGGAAAAUGUGUAUCUUAGAGGCAGUAAGAUCAGAUUUCUAAUAUUACCAGAUAUGUUAAAGAAUGCUCCAAUGUUCAAAAGGGUGCAAGGAAAAGGAGGUUCAGCAAACAGAGGGAAGUCUGCAAUUCUACGAACGCAAGCCGCCCGGGGAAGAGGCCGCGGAGGACCAGGGGGGCCUAGAGGAGGAGGUGGAAACAUGUAUCAGAAUCGUCGUCGUUAAUCAAACAGACAUUGAAAUCAGUUUAUCUUGUCAGAUCAUCAUGAUCAUCUCAGACGUUCAUGAAAUGUGGAUCAGUUAUACAACCAAUACAGUGGUUGUAUCGAAGUAGAGUGCAAUACAGGAGUAUUGUACAUUCAAUGUUCAUUUUCAUUUUUUUCAUUGAAGACAUCCAUGUGUGAAAAUAAUUGUGUCAUUCCCAGAGGAGGGAGUUCAAGUUGUACAUGUAUCAUGUUUUUCUUGUCAUCUUUGUAGAUUAAUAAUUAAAUAUGUACAUAAAGAUAAUAUUGAUUUUUAAUAAAUGUACAGAAAAAUGUAA